GAAACCGUCUCAAUGUCAGAGUUUAUGACUCUUAUGAACGAGAACUCUAAGUUUAUUUGCAACGUUUCGAUAUCUAAGAAAGAAGUUGAUGAUUAUCGAAUUUUGCUUAAACAUCUUAAGCAACAUAUUUCGCAUGGCCUAUCAAUAAAAUGCAUUUUUCCUAAUUGCAAAUCUAAGGGGAAAUAUAGCACUGUAAAUUCAUUUACCAGCCAUUUAUCAAAAUAUCACAGAAAAAGAAGUAACUUUUUAAAUAACAAUAUUAAUGAUGUCUCUAUAGAUAGAGAUAAAGACAUGUCUAUACACAAUUUAAAUGAUGCUGAAGAAAUGCAAUAUAUGGGUCAACAAUUUCCAGUCGUAGAUGCAGACUUAUCUGAGGCUGUGCGGAAUGAAUUAGUUUUGCAAGGCACAGCUGAAUUAUUCCUUAAAUUGGAAACAUGGCACAUGAUUCCUGCUAGUACAAUUCAAUAUUUAAUAGAAGAAUUACAGAACAUAGAAAAACAAAAUAUGGAAAAUUCGACGCAAAUUAUAAAGAAGACUUUAUUAAAUGAAAACCUGUCAAUUUCAAAAAUUGAAAAAAUAAAUAAUAGAAUUAUAGCUGAGAAUCCAUUACUAAUUAAUUUCAAAACGUUAAAAACAGAUUACAAUCGAAAAAGAUUCUAUCAAGAAUAUUUUACAUAUGUCAAGCCAGAACAAAAGUUAUUGUGUACAUUAAAUGGAAAAAAUUAUUAUUUUCACUACGUUCCAAUUCGCGAAACCAUAAAAGCUAUGUUUAAGGAUAAAUCAUUAACCAAUAUUUCGUUAGCUUCUGAACAUGUAAACGAUGAUAUUCUUAGAGGUUUUACAGACGGUAAAGUUUUUCAGUCAAAUACAUUUUUUAAGAAUAAUCCUGAAUCUAUUAAAAUUAUUUAUAUCAAGAUAGUUUCGAGGAUGUGAAUCCUUUGGGUUCUGCGAAAGGAAAACAUAAAUUACUUGCUGUGUAUCUUAGUUUAGGUAAUCUUCCAGAACAUGUUCGGUCUCACAUUGAUUUUAUUCAAUUAGUUGCUUUAUGUAGGGAAAAACACUUCGACAAAGAAAAAGUCUACGGUACUAUUGUAGAAGAGCUUAAAAUUAUUGAAGAAAAAGGUAUAGAAGUGGAAUGUAAUAAAUGGGUCAAGGGUACAAUAGUAUUUAUUGCUGGUGAUAAACUUGGAAGUCAUGAAUUAGGCGGAUAUUGUACAAAUUUUAGUAGUUCAAUUUUUUUCUGUAGAUAUUGUUUAAUAGAAAGGAAUAACAACAAUAAAAUAAAUGCAGCAAGUGAUGAAUUAAAUAAUAUUAAUUCUGACUUAGAAGAAGGCAAUACAGAUAAUAUUGAUGACUUAUUUGACUCGAGAGAGUCAUCUGAUAGUGAAUCAAUUAUUACUAAUCCAAAUGAGUUAAGAGAUGGUGAAUCUAGUGUUUCUGAUUCCAGCGAAUUACUUGAAUAUUUUGAAGAAAGUUUAGAAGAGGAAGAAGAAGAAGAUUUAGAGGAUCACUAUUUUUUUAAAACUUACAAAAAAAGAACCGUCGAAACGUACAGGGAAGCACUAACACAUAUACCUACAGGAAAAAAUUACCAGGGUAUAAAGUUUGAUUCGAUAUUCAACAAACUUAAACAUUAUCAUGUUUGCAUGCCUGGUCUAUGUCCAUGUUGUGGUCAUGAUUUGUUGGAAGGUGUUGUAGCUGUAGAUGUUGCAAUUUUUACAAGAUAUUUUGUGGAUCAAAAAUGGUUUACAUACGAAGAUCUAAAUUACAGAAUCGAAACUUUCAAAUACUCAACAACAGAUCGUAGGGACAAACCAGAAAAAUCGAAGGAAAAUUGUGUACGACUGUCAGGUUGUGCCUGGCAAAAUUGGACUUUUUUAAGACUUUAUCCACUCUUAAUUGGAGAUAAAAUACAAAAUUUCGAUGAUGAAGUUUGGCUUUGUAUUUUAAAUUUAUCAGAAAUAGUAGAAAUAAUCUUUGCUCAAGAAAUUCAUAAAAGUUUUAUUGCACAUCUGCAGGUCAUUAUGAAUGAAUAUUUAUAUUCAAGAAUAACUUUAUUUCCAAAUCAUAAGUUAUUACCUAAACAUCAUUUUAUUUCUCAUUACCCAAAGCUGAUCCAGGAAUUCGGUCCUCUUCUCCGCGUAUGGACAUUUCGUUUUGAAAGCAAACAUACUUUCUUCAAAAAAUGCAUUAGAAAUCUUAGAAAUUUUAAGAAUAUCACUUUUUCUCUUUCUGAAAAACAUGAACUAUUCCAAAGUUUAUUAAGAAAAGGUGCAGGUUUGCGACAAUUACAACGUAUUACAGAUGAAAGACAGUUACAAACCAAUUUAUAUUGUCCGAAUAUACAAAAGGCAAUUUUUGAAAAAGGUCCAGGUAAUAAUACGGUGGAAUGCAGUUCUGCUGUCAUUAAAGGGACUUCUUACAAGAGAGGUGACGUAGUUGUUGUUAGACAGGAGCAUUACCAAUUUAAUACAUAAUUCGGAAAAAUUUGCUUGAUAUUAUUCGACUCUCAGGAGAGAAUAUCUUUUGUGUUAGAAAUGAUAGAAACACUUUUUAACCCAAAUCUUAGAGUCUACGAAUUUCAUUUAAUUUUAAAUUACGAAUGCGUAUUUGCAGCGGACCUGUUUUCUUAUGAGCCACUUCAUAUUUAUUAUACAAACAAUAUUAGGCAGGUCCGUUUAAAGCAUGGAUUAGUAAAAAAAUAUUAGAAAAUAACACAAAAAGUUUUACUAUUUAUUUGACCAUUUGAUGAAGAUAGAAAUUUCUUCAACUAGUAAGUAUGCUUCGUAAAACCAAAAACGAAUUACGAUCUUUACCAUAAUUUUUUUAUAUUUUUGCUUCUCUAACAAAAUGAUUCUUAUUCUAGGAAUAAAUAUGCCUCUUUUCACGAUUUUGGAUUCAAUGAGAAAAAAGAAAUUUCUUAUAUCUGGUGAUACAAUCAAUAAUAUUAUUAUAAAAGCAUCUGAAAAAAUUAAUUUGCCUUCCCAAGAGUAUAAGCUGGUUCUGGAACAAAAUGGAGCCAUUAUGGAUGAAGAUGAAUUUCUGUCUGUCUUGCCUGUUUUAACCGAUAUUCUAAUUCUCGAGAAGGAAGAAGAAUGGCAAACAAAAGAAGAAAUGCUAAACCAAAAUAAAUCUCUUACCCAUACUGCAGAAUAUAGUUUUAAUGGAGAACAUGUAGAAGAACAGAUAUCAGUUAGGACAGAAGUUCCAAAUGUUACUGCUGUUUACGAGAGAAGAAGUCCAUUUUCUUUUCCUUGGACUGCAUUACCGGAUACUAUGAAAGAGAAGUUAGAAAUGGGAAAAACAUUGUCCGAUAAAGAGUGUAGAGAUCUAAGACAAAUUUUAGGCAUUCACAUGGUGGGAACAUUAAAAGAUUUUAGAAGAAACACUGUUAGUUCUUUAGUUAACAUAUUUGUCAACAAAUAUCCACAAGCCUUAGAAAUAAUUGAUGCUGAUGGAGAAAAGUUAGGUGAUGGAAGGGACGUUUUUGUAAUAAGGCUGUAUGACCACAUAAACUAUAAAAAGCCAUCUAACGAAAAAACUGCUAGAAAAAGAAGAGCUGAUACAACUAUUGAUGAGCUCGAAAAUAAUACUCAAAGUCAUAUAGAAAAUGUUGUACACGAUGAGUACGGCUGUGUUGCCUACCAAAGUCCACUGCCCUUUAAUGAAACGAAAAUGUCACAGGAAGAAAAAAGGUUGGAACUAGUAGAAAAAAGAAAAAUUUGGAUAAAUUUAAAUAAAGAUGAAACCAUUCAAAAAGAAAUUGCUUCGUUAAUGGACAUUACUUACGCUACUCAACGAACAAGCAUUAUAGAUAGAAAGAUUAUAAGCGAGGUUUUGGAAAAAUGGCCUUGUCUACAAGAUGUACCAUUUUUUGUUCAUCAUGCGUCAACUUUGUUUGGAAAAAAUUCACAAGACGUUUGGAAUAAUCAAAUAGAAAGUAAAGGACUUGAUUUAUUUCACUUCUUUUAAUCUGAAGUGUCGAGAAAAUGUCAACAGUCAGAAAAGAGAAAAGAAGUUAGAAUGGAAAUGAAGAAUACUAUCAACGAAGCUCUUACUACAUGUAAGAAUUUGUGCAAUGACACACCAAAACUAAUAGCCGUAUUCGUUUUGCUGCCUCUAUAUUUUUUGGAAUCUGAAAAAGAAAUCUUUCUUUUCGUGCCCGAUACGUCAAGUACAGAGACAGUGCAAUCUUUCGGAGAAUCUAAAAGGCCAUUGCUUAUCAUUAAAGGAAAAUCUGUAUUCGACGAAGAAGCUAAAUAUGAAGUUUUUGUAUCAGGGAAAAAGAUUAUAGAAGCACAAAAUACAUUACAAGGAUUCUUUUGUCUCUUCUUAUCUUACUAUAUAUAUAUGGAUAUACGUACGGCGAAAAUAGUAAAAAGACGUUUGAAUUUAUACAAAGAGUCUUUCAGAAAAUAAAUCCAUCUAAAGGACACAAAAGGGGGAAAAAUGCAAAAAGAAAUUUGCACACUAUUAAUCCUCAAGUUAAAAAACUAAUGGACAGAAUAGGAUGCCUAUUGGGAGAAUAAGAAUUUAACAACACU